AUGCCACAUGUGACAUUUAGAACGUCUUCUGGGGACAAAAUUUACUUUAAAGACAAUGGAAACCCACAAGCCCGUUAUGAUAUACUGAAAUGGUACUUCUUAGAAAUAGGAAAUAAAAAGAGCAUAAAGGUUGGAAGCUUUGAUGGAUCUGAAUCUGAUGGGAAACUAUUUGUCAAUGAAAGCGCCAAUCUCUGGGGCCCGUACUUUUCUGAGGCCAUGUUAGGAGGCUCCCCAUUAAGCCUCUGCAGGCAGAGCAUUCCUGCAGUUGGUCCCAGAACUGUUAGUUUCCAUGGAUGCCCUUCUCCAGGAGACACUGAUAGGCUGCUGAGGAUAGGUUUCUAUUCUACCCCACAGUGUGUCCAUUCUCGCUGUAGCGAGCCCUGUAAGCCUGGAUUCAGGAAAGCUAAAGUAGAAGGGGCGCCAAGUUGCUGUUAUACCUGUGUACUGUGUGCCGAUGGGGAAAUGUCUAACAUAACAGAUGCACAGAUUUGUAUGAAAUGCUCUAAAUAUGAAAAAUCAAAUUCUGUAAGAAACCGCUGCAUUCCGAGGAAUAUAGAUUACCUUUCCUAUGGAGACCAGUUGGGUUCUACACUAUCCUCCAUCUCUGUAAUAUUAUCCGUCACUUGUGCUGUAAUCCUGGGAAUCUUUAUAAAGUACCGCGAGACUCCUAUAGUGAGAGCCAACAACCGAUAUCUCAGCUGUCUCCUCCUCAUCUCUCUCAUGUUGUGUUUCCUCUGCACUUUAUUAUUCAUUGGGCGCCCAACUCAGAUAUGUUGUCUCCUCCGACAAGUAACAUUUGGGAUUGUAUUUACUAUUUCUGUUUCUUCUGUGUUGGCUAAAACUCUCACAGUUAUUAUUGCCUUCAAUGCCACAAAGCCUGGGAGCAAGCUGAAGAAGUAUGUAGGAACCCAACUGGCCAUAAUUUUAGUCAUUGCAUGUUCUUUAGUUGAGAUUGUCAUGUCUGCUGUGUGGAUGGCCUCCAAUCCCCCAUUUCCAGAGGCUGAUACUCUCUCUGACCCAGACUAUAUUAUUCUGCUGUGCAAUGAAGGAUCAGUCACUUUCUUCUUCUGUAUAAUUGGAUAUAUGGGAACGUUGGCCCUACUGAGUUUCAUUGCUGCAUUUCUAGCCAAGGAUUUCCCUGACCGAUUUAAUGAGGCUAAAAACAUCACUUUCAGUAUGUUGGGGUUCUGUAGUGUGUGGGUGGCAUUUGUCCCUGCAUACCUGAGCAGUAAGGGCAGUAGAAUGGUGGCAGUUGAGAUAUUUGCCAUCUUAUCCUCCAGUGCUGGGUUACUGGCCUGUAUAUUCAUUCCCAAGUGCUAUAUCAUAUUUCUAAAGCCUGAACUGAACACAAAAGAAACCAUUAUUAGAAAACAAUAG